CCAACAUUGUUUUUUUAUUAAAUCUCAGCACAGCGCGCGUUUCAUAAUAUCUGGAGACUCAAGGAACAACGAUACCACAAGGCAGAUAACCCAACCUUCCGACUCGCCUCAACUCGUCUCGGCAGGCAGGGAGCCUAAGCGGUGCCCCUGUGAGAUUGUGGCUCAGCACCCGCCGUCCUGCAUAUCCUCACCUAAGCCUCAGAACAAGCUCCCAAACGAUGCAUGCUGAGUGGCUGCGUCAGGAGUAUCGUCUUGAAUCCUACAGCUGCCGUCCAAUGAUGAUUCCGGAGUGUGCAGCUGUCUGGGUUGAUGGUUUCGUCAAGUGGACGUGGGUGUGCGCCAACAUGGGAUGGGAUGGGGAAACCUACUGUAAGAACGCAACUCACAGCCUCUGCGGCACGGUUGCACAGAGCUAGCUUUGCUAGCGAGGCUGGCUGCUGGAUGGAUGGCGUCGAGAUUUCCAAAUAGAUAUGUAGAGCUUAUUGCUCCCACGAGUCGUGGUUUGUUGGAGGGGUGCUGCUGGAUUACUUAUCUGUCAUGAUCUCUUGAUUUUUCCUCUUUUCGUUAUUCUCUAUUUUAUCUUACCAAAUAGUUCUUACAAUAGUGGUUCUCCUUCCUUUCAAUGGCUGUCGCUGUCAAUGUCAAUUUCUUCGCCAUGCCUUCCUCAUCCAUGGUCUUCCUCUUCUCAUUCGCAUUCAGCCUUACCACCAACGCACUCCCCUGGACCGGAGCCCAGCAAACAAAUGUCUACCGCGAAGCAGCGUGGUCGCCAGCGCCGACAGCAGUGCCAAACGUCCCAGCGAAUAUCUUCAAGAGGGAGUCGCUCGAUGUAAAUGUUUGCGGGUGGGUUGGGGGCAAUUCGGCUGUUGCAGCUGUGUGUUCGUCGGGGUCGUCGUGUAUCCAUGAUACGAUACAUGCGGUUGUUGGGUGUUGUGCGACGGAGGGACCGUGUACGGCGGGUGUGUAUACGAGUUGUGUGGAUAAAAAUAGUGUGGGGUGGUCGCCGAAUGAGGGGAUGCAGAAUAAUGGGAUUUAUUCUUGUUCUGGAGAUGAUGUGUGUUAUCGGAAUACGUAUCCUGGAGGGUAUUAUCAGUAUGGAUGUGGUGCUUCUCAAGAUGCGACGUCGGUUGAGACGACGUAUGAGGGACAGGCUUCGGAUGUGCUUUUGCAGGUUGUGUUUACGGGUGUGAAUUUCAGUCCUUUUUCUGCUGUGGCGAGUACCACAUCAGCUUCAAGCAGUAGCCCGACUUCUUCGUCUCAGUCAACGUCUGUGGUAUCCUCUUCGUCAUCUUUGUCCUCAACUACGAGCUCGGCCAGCUCAUUUACGUCAACAUCGAGCUCAAGCUUAAGCUCAUCAAAAUCUCAAACAUCCUCGGGUUCCUCAACCCUCGCCACGGCAGGAAAAGCUACUCCAGCAUCCGAGUCCUCCUCAUCAAGCGCAACUGUGGAAAGCGAAACCUCCAAAAAUAGUGAAAACAAAGGCGCCAUAACAGGAGCAGUAAUUGGAUCUGUCCUCGGCCUCGCAGCCAUCGUAGGCUUCGCCCUGUGGUGGGGACGUCGCCGCCGAAACAAGCGAAAAGCCCACCGCGCAGGCUCAUUCAUAACCCAACACAACAGCGGCUCUCCCCCAACAUCCGGACCAUUCCAAAGAAUCGCCCCCUACGGCCCAGACGACUUCGGGUCCAUGUCCCAAACCCGAACCAUCACAACCGUAACAGCCAACGCAGACGGAAACGCGAACGCAACGGGUAUCUUCCCAACGACAUACAAUAACGCUUACACCAGUCUUCCCAAUCAGUCCUCACCACCCCUCACACCUCCUAAUCUACACGCUACACAUCCAGGUUCCGAACCAGGCACCUUCCAAGCAAUGUAUCUCCCCCCAGCAAUCGCAACCACAGCCACAGCCACAGCCAACACACCCCUCAUCUCAACCUCUGAAAUAGACGACUUCUCACGCUCCUACCACGACGCUUUUCGCCAGGAACAAGAACAAGAACAAGGACAAGAGCGAGAUACACAUAUCCACACUGGGGACCUUCCCAGCGCUGUAUCCGGGAUUGGAGCAGCACCAAUGCUCCUCCGUGGCGGAAGCGGUGGAGGAAGACGACGAAGUCAAGACUGGGGCGUCACGACUGAAGCCUUGCGCGCACAGAGACCGAGACUUGCGUCGGGGCCUGUACCGAUCAAACCCGCGGGGUGGAGUCCUAGGGGCCUGAGUAUGAGGCGGUCGUCUGGUGGUGGUGGUGGUGGUGUUCAUUCUCCUCCUGGGUCAUUUUCCGGGACUGGGAAUGCGGGGAGGGGGAGAGGGGUGGGGAUAGGUGAGGAAGCUGAAGGUGGAAAUGAAAAAGAAAAUGGGAAUGGGGGUGCACGUGGGAAUAGGAGUCCAGAAUGGGCUGUUCCGCCGAAGAGUCCCCUCCGGGAGGAGAGGAGGAGGAGAGGGAGGGAGGAUGAUGAUGGCGUGCAGAGGUAUCAGUUGGUUGAUGAGGUUGUGGGGGAUGAUGUGCCGAUUUUGCAUAGUCCGGGGCAAUUAAGGAUGGGGAGGGGGAGGAGGGUGUCGAAUUUGGAGAUUAAGGAUUGAGAUCCUUUUGGCCAUCAAAUUUAGUGGAGAUGGGCUUCCUUUGGGGUUGGUUUGGAAUGGAGUUUGGGCGCGGCGCUGGGAUUGUGGGGUGGGGUACGGACGGAAAUGGCGUUGGUGUCGGUUGGUCUUGAGAUACCCUUCAUCUGUCUGAAUGCAUUCACAGAAUAACGGAAUAAGCAAACAAUUCACUUAUUUCAGCUACUCUCUCGAGCUAUAUAGGCUCCUUGACCGUCCUUCUUGUACCCAACAACAAUACCAUUAGAAGAGACGCUUAAAGCUCCGCAGUUGAGGCUUGAGCACUGGAUUUGGAUAACCAGUUGAUUUUCUUUUUACAGUCC